AGUAACACAACUACCUUCACCAAACAAACACUAAAUUUUUCAAGUCGCCAGAAUAAACUCCCUCGCUUAAUCCGCCUUGUCUGACGAUCGAUAAACUGUUUAAAAUGUUCGUGUAUAUUUUCCGACUCCGUUUAAAAUAAUAUACACAUAGUUAACACACUCCACAUGCUCCUUAACCUUGAUGGUGAAGCUUUGGACUGCUACGUUACCAAAUUUACCACUCUGGCAGCUUUCAACGUAACCGCGGAACCGACCAUCAGAGACUGUAGAGCUUACAAAGAGGACGAAAUGAUGAGGAAAGAUAUCAAGUUGCCGUGGUACUACUGGCAGAAUAGUCUUCGUUGCUACACCGUAGGAAUCAGAGCUAAAUUUCCAGAUUUAAACGAAACGAAAAAUUUAGACAUCCGAUUGUGCUCCUUCAAAGAAGACUGCGACGACAUUUCUGAAAAAAUGAACCUCGAAAUGGUGCAGUCGGCCGUUUUGGGGGUCGUGAGGUGCAGCGAGUGCAAGAGCAAUUUAUGCAACGGCAAGAUCACCAACGAUCUGGUCAAAGUUAAGGCUGAUAUUAGCGCCUAUAGACGCAAUUUGUACAUAGGCGCUGGCGGCUGUGGAGUCGUCGGGGUGAUAGGGGCCUUAACUCGUUGUCUGUUUUGCAGAAAAUCGAAAAACCCAAUCAUAGUCAACGUAUAG